AUGCGCGGCAUCUGCACAGUUUCUUCGGGUGCGCAUCAUCAGACUGCACCCGAGGCGACACCCGACAUCGGCUGCUUCAAGUCUCGGGUACUUCGGGAAACCCGUGCAAUACGUCCCUCGACACAAACCAUGGAGGCUAGCCUUACAUUCAAUCCCUUCGCGAUCAUGCUUCAUCGACUCCUGAUCAGUGUGGGCGGCAUCCUGUUUUUCCACGGGGCGUACUCGGUUUACGUCGAACGAAUUUUGUUGCACGGCGGGACAAGUUUGCAGUACAUACCCUCGACAUCGUUAAUUAGUCAAUUGGCGGUCUCGUUCCUCUUCCUGGUCAUUGGUAUCACGCUAUCGGCACCGCCGUUAAAAAACAUCUACUGGAAAGCUGAAUUGAAACAAAGAUCGAUCGACGGUUUCGAUUCCAAGAUGGGAUUCAUCAAUCUCAACACUAAUCUAGUUGCUCUCCGCAAAGACUGA